GGAGGAGGAGGAGGAGGAGGAGGAGGAGGAGAAGGAGAGGGAGGCGGUCUUAGCUUUGGCGUUAGUGGUGAGGCGCCGCUCGGUCGGGGCGGCGGGAGAGGAGAGAAGAUGAACGCCCCUCCGGCUUUCGAGUCCUUCCUGCUCUUCGAGGGCGAGAAGAAGAUCACCAUCAACAAAGACACAAAGGUGCCGAACGCCUGCCUCUUCACCAUCAACAAGGAAGACCACACCCUGGGGAACAUCAUCAAAUCGCAGCUGCUCAAGGACCCUCAGGUGCUCUUCGCCGGCUACAAGGUCCCCCACCCGCUGGAGCACAAGAUCAUCAUCCGGGUCCAGACCACCCCCGACUACAGCCCCCAGGAGGCCUUCACCAACGCCAUCACUGACCUCAUCAGCGAGCUGUCCCUGCUGGAGGAGCGCUUCCGGGUUGCCAUCAAAGACAAGCAGGAAGGCAUCGAAUGAGGAGAUCCUCCCUCCCCCCGCUCGGUGUACGUAGCGCGACCCCAUCCACGAGGGCGCAGACUCUUAAAUAAACCAACUUUAAUAAAAGUGAAAACAGCUGGGUUGGGCCCAGGGGG